AUGGGCCUUCAACAAGUAUGGCUUUCCUACAAUCUACUAUUUAACCUCUUCUUCUUCUUUCUCUUCCUUUGCCAAAUCACUUGUUUGCAUGCCCAACUAUGCACUCAAGAACAGAACUCUGCGCUGUUGCAACUGAAAGGAAGCUUUUCCUUGGAUAAAUCUGCUUCUUUUCCAAAGAUGGAGUCUUGGAAAAAGGGUUCUGAUUGUUGUUCCUGGUAUGGGGUCGAGUGUGACAGAGAGACGGCACCUCAACGGCUCAACCUCUCUGAGUCUGCUUUUUCGGGCAAAGUCCCGCCUGGAGUCUCCUACCUAAACAAACUGGUGUCGCUUGAUCUCUCUUACAAUUUUCAUUUGAGAUUGGAAGAAGGCGGGUUCGAGUUACUCAUUCAAAACUUAUCCAAGUUAAGAGAUCUUGAUCUUAGCGGGAUAAACAUCUCUUCUUCAGUGUUUCCCAAUUUCUUGCUCAAUUUAACUUCUUUAAGAACCCUCGGUCUCAGAGAAUCUGGUUUACAUGGAGAAGUCCGGCCUAGAGUCUCCUACCUAAACAAACUGGUGUCGCUCGAUCUCUCUUACAAUUUUGAUUUGAGAUUGGAAGAAGGCGGGUUCGAGUUACUCAUUCAAAAUUUAUCCAAGUUAAGAGAUCUUGAUCUUAGCGAGGUAAACAUGUCUUCUUCGGUGGUUCCAAAUUCCUUGCUCAAUUUGACUUCUUUAAGAACCCUCGGUCUCAGAGGAUCUGGUUUACAUGGAGAAGUCCGGCCUAGAGUCUCCUACCUAAACAAACUGGUGUCGCUUGAUCUCUCUUACAAUUUUGAUUUGAGAUUGGAAGAAGACGGGUUCGAGUUACUCAUUCAAAAUUUAUCCAAGUUAAGAGAUCUCUCUCUUAUAGGCGUAAACAUGUCUUCUUCGGUGGUUCCAAAUUCCAUGCUCAAUUUGACUUUUUUAAGAACCCUUCGUCUAGGAGAAUCUGGUUUACAUGGAGAAUUCCCUAGCAGAGUAUUCCACUUACCACAUCUACAUAACUUGGUAAUAUUGUAUGAGGAGGGAAUAUUGCCGGACUCAAUUGCUAAUCUGAAGUCCUUGAAGCAAUUGGUCAUCCGUCAUUCCGAAUUCCACGGAUCCAUUCCUACUUCUCUCUGGAGCCUUACACAAAUCACUUAUUUGGGCCUCUCAUCCAACAAUUUCCAUGGUAUCCUCCCAUCUUCAAUUUCAAACCUUACACAAAUCACUUCUUUGGACCUCUCAUCCAACAAUUUCAGUGGUACAAUCCCAUCUUGGGUCUUCGAAUUACCCGCACUCAUGUACUUAGAUCUCAGUUAUAACAAACUGAUUGGUCACACACUUGAGUUUCAAUCCUCUUCGUUGAAGUUUAUUGAUUUGAGCAAUAACGACCUAAAUGGUACUGUUCCAAAUUCAACCUUUGAACUCCAAAACCUUACCCAUCUUAUUCUUUCUUCAAAUAGCUUUUCUGGCACCAUUCCUAGAUCAAAUAGAUUCAGUAAAAAUCUCAAUGUACUCGCUUUAAAGAUGAAUAACUUCUUUGGCACCAUUCAUGAUUCAUUUACAAGGAGAAAUAGCUUGACAACUAUCAAUCUUUAUGGCAAUGGAUUUGAAGGGCCAAUACCGAAGUCUCUGAUUAACAGUAGAUACUUGGAAGUGCUAGAUCUCGGAAGAAACAAGUUCUUCGAUGAAUUUCCGCAUUGGUUGGGAAAUUUACCGUACUUGCAUGUCCUAAUCUUGCAAUCCAACAAAUUUCAUGGAUCGAUCGUGACUUCCACGACCAAAUUUCCCUUCCCCAUGUUGCGAGUUCUUGAUAUGGCGAACAAUAAUUUCACUGGUCCAUUGCCCAUAAAGUACUUCAAAAGUUUCAAAGCAAUGAUGAACGUGGAUGAGCAUUUUGAUUUGGAGUACAUGGGAACUGGUAGUUAUUAUGAUUCUCUGACUAUAGUAAUCAAAGGAUCGACCAUUGAUAUGGAACAAAUCCUUACAGUUUUUACAGCCGUGGAUUUAUCAAGCAACAAGUUCGAUGCUGGAAUGGUUGGACCUCUCAUCAAACAAGCUCACUGGGGAGAUACCUCGACAACUCACGAAUUUAACUUUCUCGGAACGCUCAACCUUUCGCAGAAUCGCCUAACGGGGCCUAUACCACGAGGCAAACAAUUCGAUACAUUUUCGAAUGGUUCUUACAUCAACAACUCGGCGUUAUGCGGGCCUCCAUUGUCGAAUACGUGUGGCGAUCCUAAGGCAGCACAGCCACCACCGUCGAGAUUUGAAGAAGAAGAUUCAGAUCCACUGAGUGGAAUUGGUUGGGAAGUCGUAUUGCCAGGGUAUGGAUUUGGGCUGGUAGUUGGACUUGUCAUGGGAUAUCUUAUGUUCUCGUUCGGUAAACCUCACUGGCUUGUGAAGAUGGUUGAAGGUGUUAUUGUAUGGUUCCUAAUACCUAGGAUUCGUAGGUUACGAUACGAAAAUUCCGUUGCAAAUUAUUCGUCGGCUAUUAUGUUACAACAGCCUUACAGGUCAUAUAACAUAGCUAUUAGGAAAUUUGACAAAGCUCUAAUCAUUGGACCUCUCAUGAAACAAGGCACACAAGGGAGAUCCCUCGACAGGUCACAACAAUUUGGGCGCAACCAGAACCACUACCCUCGAUGUUACAACAAGAAUAUGAUUCACAAUCUUCAAGUGGAUUUGGUUGGGAAGUUAUAUUGCCCGUGCAUGUGCUGCUCUAGCCCAAUUUACACUUCGAGAGAUGGAAAAGGAAUGGGGAAAUAUUUUCAAGUACCUCUUUUCAUGUGCGGUGCAUAUGCUGUGAGACUGAAGUGUGAUCUUUAG